AUCUUCUAAAGCGAGAUGCCUUGAUUGUAUGUGCUAAUUGUUCAGUGACUUUAUUCCUUACAGCAUAAAGCUCCUUGCAUUGAGGAACUUGAGGAUAAGAUGCAGAAGCUUCACAAAGAACGAGCAGCAGCCAUCUUAGAAAGGAGAGCUGCCGAUAGUGAUGAUGACAUGAAGGAACUAGUAGCUGCUAUAAGUGCUGCAAAUCAAGUUCUAAGUAAAGGAGGUGGUGAUGCAGAAACAAUAAAAGCUGUGGCAGCUGCUGCUCUGGCUCUAAGAGCAGCUGUGAGGGAAGGAGGGGAUUUUCCAGUCGAGCUAGAUGAAUUCAGUAGAGAUGGGAAUAUGCAGAAUCAGAUGGAUGUGAGCAGAAGGGCAAACGCCCGAGAACGCAGGAGAGCAAGAAAUGAUGUUAUGAGAAUGCCAGCUAUAGGAUCCUAUCCGCCAAUAGAAGGAGAAUUAGACACUGAUGAAAGUGACACCGAGAGCAAUGCGUAUCGGUCUCAGCAUGAUCAAUUGCUUCACUCUACUAAACAGAUUUUUGGUGAUAAACAUGAAUACUCUGAAUUUUCCGUAGUUGUGAGAAAGUUUUAUAGAUGGAAGAAAGAUUAUACUUCAAGCUAUCGUGAUGCACAUGUGUCCGUUUGUAUACCUGCUAUUUUCUCACCCUAUGUGAGGCUGGAGCUUCUGAAGUGGGAUCCUCUACAUGAAAAUGCAAAUUUCAUGAAUGUGAAAUGGUAUACUUUGCUUCGUAAGUAUGGACUCUCUACAGAUGAAAAUCCAAAUAGCUUUGAUGACGCUGAUGCCAAUCCUGUUCAAUUGGUGGUGAAACUUGCAAUGGCCAUUCUACAUAACCGGUUAGCUCAGUGCUGGGAUGUGUUUAGCACCCGUGAGACACAGUGUGCUGUAUCUGCCAUAAAUCUGUUGUUAAGAAGACGUCUUCCGUCCACUGACCCUUCAUACACUGAUCUAGUUAACACGGUUCAUGAGCGUCUAGAUAAGGCUGUUGCUAAUUUGACGGUCCUUGUGUUGGACUCACUUGUAACGGAAGCUGUACCUGAUGCAGCACGAGUCGCUGCAUAUAGGUUUGGAAUGUCUCUUCGCUUGAUGUCUAAUAUAUGCUUGUUCCAUAACGGUGGGAUUCUUGCCAUGGCUGUCAUAGAAGAACUUGCUCUUGAUAAACUCUUAUGUGGGAAGAUUCUUCCUUAUCUUCGAGGCAUCCAAGCAAACAUUCACGAUGCUAUUAUGAGAACUGAGAAAGUUGUUUCAUUAACUGGUAUUUUCGCAGGGGAUCACAGUCGAAAGUUACAGCCUCUGGUGGAUUACGUGCUAGAACUCGAAAAAGGGCUUAAGGAAAAGCAUUGUUCGUUUGGUCAAGAGAUUUGGACUCAUUUCGACGGUUUUUCUGCUGAUAAGAGCGGUAAAGAGUUAGUUACUGCAAAAUCUCUUCCUUAUUUGCACAAGAUGCUACGAGCUCUCAAGGAAGAUGAUCAUGCUAAGGAAAUGAGCAGACCAUAUUUUGAGACAGAUGAUCCGUUUUGAUACCCUUUUUUCUUGGUGGUGUCAAAAUGACCCUUUGCUUUAUUUCUUUGGGCGUUUUAUCAGUUUAUACCUAGUUAAAAUCUUUUGCACAGUGUUAAUAUCCUACAUAAUUGAGGCAGUGAAGGAGUCCUGUGUGCUGUACAGGGGAGAGUUGUAACCACUCGUAUAUCAGCUAGUCAUUAACAAUUUUUUCUGUGUCGUGAGCAUUUGUCAUUUGACCAAUUGGCUGGUCCUGGUCAUAUAUAACGGAGUGGCUUAUAUUUGAAUGUUUGAAUUUGGUUGGAUUGA